AGAGAGAGAGAGAGGGAGAGAGAGACAGAGAGCGCACGCCCUGCGCACACGCUCUUCUCCUGCCUGCCCUCCUCUACUGCCCCGCCGCGCGGCGUCUCUCCUCCUCCUCCUCCUCCUCCUCCUCCUCGCGGGACGCUUCCCGGAGCCGCUCGUCACCUCAACCAUCCCCGCUGCGCGACAGGCGGCUGCGGACGGCGCGGGGGUCGCACGAUCUGCGGCGCGAUGGCGAGCAAAAAGGCGCCGACGGAGGCGCGGAAGGGCAGCCGGAGCCCCGUGGUGCUGGAGGCCGAGAUGUUCAGCGAGUUCCAGGACUGGUGCCUGCGGACGUACGGCGACUCGGGCAAGACAAAGACGGUGACGCGCAGAAAAUACAACAAGAUCAUGCAGACGCUGCUGCAGGGCGACGAGGCGGACGGCGUGUUCGUGGAGAGCAGCACCAUCAACGCCAAAUUCAAAUUCUGGGUGAAGUCCAAGGGCUUCCAGGUCGGCAGCAGCGUCCUCAGCGAGCACGCCCAGAAAGGGGCCCCGGGGAAGCCCGUGCUCUACGUGCCCGUCAAGUCCACGUGCGGAGACGGCGGCUCUGCCGCAGAUGGCUCGUCCCUCAAGAGGGUGGCUGUGGUGGAGGACUUCUUCGACAUCAUCUACGCCAUGCACGUGGAGGUGGGACCCGACCCGAGCCGCACGCCCAAGCACGCGGGACAGAAGAAGACCUACAAAGCGAUCGCGGAGACGUACGCCUUCCUGCCCAGGGAGGCCGUCACCCGGUUUCUGAUGAGCUGCGGCGAGUGUCAGAAGAGGAUGCACAUCAAUCCCAGCGCCGCCGAGUUCAAAGAGAACGAUAGGCCCGCCCCCUUGGUCCCGGACCUCAUUGACUACAACAUGCCGCUCACUGCCACCUACCUGAAGCAGAUGAAGCUGCAGUGCAUGAACACCAACGAACAGGAUGACAGCACAGUGAGCAGCGAGGACCUGGACAUGAGCGAACCCACGUGGAUGUCUGCCGACCGCGGUCCAGCAUCGGAUAUGAGCCCUCCCGGAGAGCGGGUCCAGAGCCCGGAGAGGGGACGCAAGGAGGAGGACGACGACGACUCCUCGGAGAACGGCAGCGCCAACGGAAUGCCCUCCCUGACCCCCUUGUCGGCAGGCGGAGCCCCCCCGCCCGAGGGCGAGGCGAACGACGGCGGCGGCGGCGGCGGCGGCGGCGGCGCGGCGGCGCCGCUGGACUUCAGCACCACGUCCUCGUCGCCCUCCUCCGAGGACCAGCAGCCCGUGAACCUGGCGGCCGACAGGAAGUUCCCCGGGGGCCCCGCGCACCCCGCGGAGCUGCGGAUCGACUACGGCAGCAAGUCCCCUCAGUACAGUUCGGGGAGCUACGACUCGGUGAAGACGGAGGCGAGCAUGUGCGCGGAGGACCUGAGCGCGGGGCGGGGCCAGACGGCCAUCGACGACGACGACGACGACGACCACGACGACAGCGACAAGAUCACCGACGCGGAGGGACUCGACCCAGAGCGGCUCAAAGCCUUCAAUAUGUUUGUACGGCUGUUCGUGGACGAGAACCUGGACCGCAUGGUGCCCAUCUCGAAGCAACCCAAGGAGAAGAUCCAGGCCAUCAUCGAGUCGUGCAGCCGCCAGUUCCCCGAGUUCCAGGAGAGGGCCCGCAAGCGUAUCCGCACCUACCUCAAGUCCUGCCGCCGCAUGAAGAAAGGCGGCAUGGAGACGCGGCCCACGCCACCGCAUCUCACCUCGGCCAUGGCUGAGAACAUCCUGGCUGCCGCCUGCGAGAGCGAGACCCGCAACGCUGCCAAGAGGAUGCGCUUGGACACCUACCAGCCUCUCGACGAGCAGGUGUCCGCCGACAAGGCGAGCCCCCGGGACCCGGCGACGCUGGCGCACUCUGCCUACUCGUUGGCUGCCUCCGUCUACUCCCAGGACCAACUGUACACCAACGGCGGGCUCGGCUACAAUUACCGUGGUUACGGACUGCAGCAGGCCAACCCCCUGUCGACAGGCACCUCGCAGACCAACGGUCCAACUGACCUCAGCAUGAAAUCCUUGGCGUCCGGCAGUUCGAACAGCCACGGGCCGGGCGGCGGAGGGGGCGGAGCCUCGGCCCAGCUCAGCGCCCCCGAGGUGGCUGCCGUGCGCCAGCUCAUCGCCGGGUACCGUGAGUCGGCGGCGUUCCUGCUGCGCUCAGCGGACGAGCUGGAGAGCCUCAUCCUGCAGCAGAACUGAGGCGGUGGUGCCAGCGGUCCAGCUGUCGCGCGCACGCACACACACACGCACACGCAGGCGCGCACACACACACGCGCACACACACGCACACGCUUGUGACGGGCUCAGCCCUGCUCAGAGACACCAGUACGAAAUGGAACGGAUUCCAAAGGAGGGGCCCCCCCAGACGGCCUCCGUUACGGUAGACAAAGAGCACACGGGCGCACGAGACGGGACGAGACUACCUAAAGGGGCGGAGCCACCACUGUUGGCACGCCCUUCGCCCCUCUGAUUGGAGCAACGCCGCAUCACUCGAGGACACUGAGCGGAUGGGAACGGAUAUGGGCGGGACUGUGGUUUGGAUCUGACCGACUGAGACCCUCCAGAGUUGGACCUCAUCAUUUUUAAAAAUGCACACAAUCUGAAGACUCCCCAGCAAGAUUUAUGACUGAUUUUUUUUUUUUUUUUUUCUUUUUUAAUCUUUUGUUCUUGUCGAAAAAUUGUUUGGAACGAUCACAGCGCAUUUGUACAUAUUGGCUUCCUGGAGAGGGCAACUAACAAGUGUGUACGUAGGUUCGAGGAAGGCGGAGCCGGGAGGAAUGAGGAAGGUAAACACUCCUGCAAUCGAUGGGCUGUACGCUGCUGCUCUCCGCGUCUCGGCGCUUUCCCCGUAGUACAGACCUCACUCGCACCCUUGACGCGCACGCAGGCCUCUCUUUCCACCGCGGGGAACAGCGCCGCCGGUAACUUAUGCAUAAAGAAAUGCCAUUUGUUUCACAUGGAAAUACCUCAGACACACAGCACUCUCUGUUCUGUCGUUGUGCUUUUUGUCCCAAAUCUUUGUUCGAAGAGCAGCGAACUGCUCAUUCACAUUUGAUGUGAAAUGUUAUUUUACAACAAAAAAAAGUAAAAAAACGUAGCCAAGCAGAGAAUAUUAUUUAAACUUAAUUUUUUUUGGAUCCUUCGGGUGGUUAUGUACAUAUUAAAACCUGCAGUAUCAAAAGGUGAAAUGUUCAGUGGUGACAAGGCAUCGAUAUCAACGACAGAAAUGCUGCCGUUAUUCCUGGGUCUUUAUCCUCGUGGGUGUUUAGGAUAUGAGUAGCCGGCCCACCAGGCUGCGUAAUGGGCUUGCUGUCUCCGUAUUCACACUUGGGGUCUCCAUUGACACCAUCUCCAACUCGUGAUCUUCUAGACUGGUUGCAGCUGUAGUUCCUUGGUUUUCUGGACUGGGUGUAUCUCUAGAACCUUGACCUGGACUGAAUGUACAUCGAGUUCCAUCAUUUUCUUGACGGCUUUGUCUCGAGUUCCUUGAUCUUCUGGGUUGGUUGAAUCUCUAGUUCCUUGAUCUAAUGGAUGGGCUGGGUGUCUGUUUCCAGAAGUUUCUUGACUUAAUCUAUAAUUCCCCAAAAUUUUAAACUGCCUUUGUGUCUAGUUCCACAGGUGUCUCAGUUGACUCUACUUGUUGUUUCUCAGUCUUCUGGACUGGCUGGACCUCUGGUACACCAGGUAUCCUGAUUUGCAGCAUCUCUAGUUACUUAAUUUUUGUGUUUGGCUGUACCUGAAGCUCCCUAGGUUUCUGAACUGAGUGGCUUUUCAGUUCCACAAGCUGCUCAUUUGGCUAUAUUCAUAGUUCCCCAAGAUUCCCAUAUCGAUGGACCUUCUCCCGAAGAUUCUGGGUUGGUGGCAUGUUUAUUUUGUGGAGAGGCUCAGUUGAUCGGAACUCUAGUUCCUGAAGGUUCUGAUGUGGAUCUCUGGUUUGCUGCCAGCACCACUGCCAGCCUCUCAGUCGAGGUGUGAGAUCAAAAGUUAAAACCUGUCCCAUGUCACCCCACUGUCAGCUCAACAUUCCGAUGUGUUGGCAGGAGAAAAGAUCUUGCCAUUGACAUCUGUUGAACCCGUGCUGCUGCUACACACUUGGAAAUCUCGAGCUGAGAAAUGUAAUUGGAAUUGGCACAGAGAAGGAUGAGAAACCACAUCAAAUAAUUCAGUGGACCACAAACGCAAAACUGAACCUGAAAACAUCAGGGAUGGUUCAGCCCUCUCCGUGCUGCUUUGUUACACCAAUGGACUGGUUCACUGCUAUCUCAGUUCUAGAUAGGACACUAUCUGCCCCUUCCCAGAUACCUCUGUAUUUGGAUUUUGAUUUUGUCCCUUGAGUCGCUUCUGUGUAUUGUCUGACUUAGUGCACUGUGGUCAGCAGGAUCCCCUGUCCAAGCCGUGGACAGAGCCCUUGUCUGGGCCCUUAGCUGGUCCUCCUGAAACUCAUCCCUCACUACUCCCGAUGGGCUCUCAGUCGGCUGCUUCGUCUCUACGCGUGCAUGGCAACUCAUCGUUGAACCCAAUCUAUGGUCGCUAGAACUACUUUCUCAGUUGGGUGCUGGACCAGUCCUCUGGCCCAGGGCCAUUUCCUCAGAGGCUGCAAGCUAGUAUCUCUAGAACUUGUUAAGCUUGUAGGAAAUCCCACAGCCAUUGGCUGUUCUUGCCGGGAAACAAGUUCUACCCCAUGCACUGUGUUAGUCACUCUUGGGUUCGGCACCAGUUGUAACAUCUGGGACAUGUCUGAUCUGAGAUGUGACAAGGUGGGAGUCAACAACAGGUAGAUUUUCAAGAUUUUAUGAGAAACUUUGCUGCUUCUGUGAAUGGGAACCACAAAACAAAGCUAGAGUAAGAAUAGUCAGAUUAUCCAGGCAGCCUUUCAGCCUUAAUGCAAAUUUGCCCCUGCAACAACUCAAACUCUGUUAAAGCGACUUGUCAACAUCCAGAACUCUUCAGUACCCAUUUAAAUGGUCCCGUGCCAGGGAUUUAUUAGUCACAUCUGGGUCUCACUGCCUGCUAUCUAGCUUCUUCCCAGGUGUGGCUGUCAGUCUAGGAACUUUUGGGUGGCUGGGAGUUCCUUCUGCCACAUGAAUAUUUCCUUGUAAAGUUUUAGAGUGCUUGUGUACCAGUGGGAAAUACUGAGGGACCUUCGAAGUACCCAGAACUGCUGCUGGGAGAUCAGGUGGAAUCAAUGUCUGUGUAGAGGAACGAUGCACCGGUAAGAUAAGUCAUUGUUACAUAUAGCUAAAGAGCAAUCCUUUCUAGAUUUACCCUAGACAACCUCCUCAAGCUGAGGUGUGUGUGUGUGUGUGUGUGUGUGUGUGUGAGUGAGUGUGUCUGUCUGUGUGACUUGUGGAAAGCAGCCAGUAGGAGCUUGGAUCAGCUCUGGGCUUGCGUGUUGUCAGGGAUGAAGCUCUCCGAUGAAGAUUCUUGAGGGUUUAUUGGGUUAGGUGAAAGGAGACCCCAGUUCCUUUGGACUGGUUUUUGUCCAGAUCUUGGCUCAGACCUACGCUUUAUUAGGACCGGUGUGUCCACACACUAGGCACUAAUGAAUAAGUUGAAUGACUCCGUUUCCCAUUUAGCCUUGCUUGGGAGACACAGUAAAUAUGGCGUCAGGUUCAGACUGUACAUGCAGAAAAAGCCCUAUAAAAUGAAAGCUGUGCAGAGUUCUCACUACUACCCCCUACUUGACCUAGGGUUUCACUAGAUUCUCGUCAACAAAGUUUUAACAGUAAUGACUUCACUGUAAAAAGGCUUAAGACAAUCUCAGAAGUUGGAUUUUUCUUCCACCUGAUGCUUCCCCCGUCCUAUUUUGUGUGCCGCUGUCACAGAUGGACCGUCUGGUGGACUUGUAGCCGUGACCAGACUCUGUUCCUGGAUCCUCCCUUAGUGUCACCUGGUUUCUACCUGGUAUCACUGCUUCGCUUUGGUUUUUAUAAAUACAUGUACUAUAUAUUUGUAGUGUAUGUGGUCUUUUCUGAACUUCUUUUGUAUGACACUGGUGUCACCGGAGCCACCCUGCUGCCGGCCUUCUCACAUUCCAGACCUCGCCGGCACGGCUGCCGGGAUGGACGCAAACACAAACACACUCUUUGUCACACUCCGUUUGAGUUUCGGGCACGGUCGAUUGCCAAAAACCGGGCAAUUUGUCAAUAUAAGUACCCCUGUUACACUGACUCAAAUUUCGUUGAAGAUUACAAAACGGUGAGCGAUAAAUGCAAAGAAAAGUAACCGGCUUCCGACGGUGGUGGUUGGGGAGAAAAGCCUGCCAACUGGUGUCUGAAGGUGUCCCGACUCAACCGCAGCUCCCUUCCUUACCGGGUGGGGUGGCAUCCUCCUCGCCGGUGGAAUUCACAGCAAGUUCCACGGCACCGCUGCGUGCUUUAACAGAUUAUUAAUGACACACCGAGGAUUUACCAACCAGUCGGCCUUGCAAGGGCUAUCCACCCAGUGAGUGUGACGGCUUACUGUCUCCAGCUAGACGCUGUAUCAGGGGUCCAUCCUGAACUGAAACCUCUGUCCGUUUCUGUUGAGUACUUAUAUUUUCAGAGAGCGGCUUUCGCCGCUGCUGCCUAUUAUCUUCGUAGGUCUCAUGCGGAGAAAUAUAAAGUAAAAAAAAGUUUAUUUUUCUAUCAGGGUGGUGUACAGCUACAGUCGAAUCGAUAGCCUGUUCUAUUUAAUUUGUUGGUGCUUUAGACCUUUUCGUUGUUUGUUCUGUUCAGGAUUUUCUUCUUUGCUUACCAG